GCCCCGAGUCGCCGCGGCCGCAGUCACUUCCUGCCCUCGUGCCCAUCCGGCUCCGGGGUCAGUGGUCGCCGCUCCCGCUGCGCCGGCGGGACACGGGGACGGUGAAGUUUGGUUCGCAGGCGGGGGGCGGGGAACGAGUCCGCCCGGCGGAGGCUGGUGCGGCGGCUCCCGGCGCGGGCGCAGCGUCCCGUCCCGCUCCCUGCCGCCGCGCUGCUUUGGCGCCCGCUGUCACCUGCCGGCUCCGCGCGGCGACCCGCUCGGCUCAGCCCCGGCCGCCGCCCGCUCCCCGCGGGGCUCGUGGGUGAGCCGCGCCGCCUGGCACGGGCGCUGGCGGCUGCCCCGCACUCCGUCCCCAGGAGCCUCCCAGAAACAAGCUGCUGGAUGUAGAAGGAAAGUAGGUCGUGCACACAGAAAAUGCCUCUAAGGGAUAAGUGUUGUCAGACUGACCAUCAUCACCAUGGGUGCUGUGAACCAGUGUAUUUGUUAGAACCUGGUGAUCCUCCUUUGUUACAGCAACCUCUGCAGAUGUCAAAAUCUGGUAUUCAACAAAUUAUUGAGUGUUUUCGAUCAGGAACUAAACAACUUAAACAUAUCUUGUUAAAAGACGUGGAUACCAUUUUUGAAUGUAAAAUAUGCCGCAGUCUCUUCAGAGGAUUACCAAACUUAAUUACUCAUAAAAAGUUCUAUUGUCCUCCAAGUCUCCAGAUGGAUGACAACCUCCCAGAUGUCAAUGAUAAACAAAGCCAAGCCGUAAAUAAUCUCCUGGAAGCCAUUUAUCCUAGAGUGGACAAACAAGAAUAUGUAAUUAAGCUAGAACCUAUAGAAACAAAUCAGAAUGCUGUGUUUCAGUACGUUUCAAGGACUGACAAUCCAGAAGAGAAUAUUGAGAUUAGCAGUAGUCCUGAUCAAGAUCCAUUACAAAUACAGGAACCUACCACUGAGCAGCCCAAAACUGUUUCAACUCCCGAUACAGAAACUUUAGAAUCGCCACCUGCUGAUGCUGUAAUAAAUGUAAUGCCUGCUCCUGACGAACAACCUCCAGCAUUAAAUCCUGAAUUGGACUCUUCUGAUAAUUCUGAUUUUGGCCACCAGUUGAUUUGUUGUCUGUGUAGAAAAGAAUUUCAUUCCAGACGUAGUGUACGUCGGCACAUUAGAAAAGUACACAAAAAAAAGAUGGAAGAACUAAAGAAGUACAUAGAAACGAAAAAGAAACCAAAUCAACGCUCCACAAAAGGACGAAAUAAGAAUGUGCUUGUAACAUUAGGUAGAAGUUGUCCUGUAUGUUAUAAAUCAUUUGCUACAAAAGCCAAUGUAAGGAGGCAUUUUGAUGAAGUUCAUAGGGGGUUAAGGAGGGAUUCCAUUACUCCUGAUAUAGCUACAAAGCCUGGGCAACCUUUGUUCUUGGAUACAGUUUCUGCUAAAAAAUCUUUUAAGACCCGAAAACAAAAGUCUUCCUCAAAGGCUGAAUACAAUUUAACUGCAUGCAAAUGCCUUCUGUGCAAGAGAAAAUAUAGUUCACAAAUAAUGCUUAAAAGGCACAUGCAAAUUGUUCACAAGAUAACACUUUCCGGAAAAAACUCUAAAAGAGAAAAAGGACCCAGUAAUACUGCCAACAGCACAGAAAUAAAAGUAAAAGUUGAACCAGCAGAUUCUGUAGAAUCUUCAACCCCUUCCAUCACCCUUUCUCCACAGAAUGAAUUAAAGGGAACAAGUCAUUCAAAUGAGAAAAAGAACACACCGGCAGCACAGAAAAAUAAAGUUAAACGAGACCUUGAAACCCCUAAAUCAACCAAUCCAUCUGCUGCAGGUGGCCAGCAAAAAACAAGGAAGCCAAAACUUUCAGCUGGCUUUGACUUCAAGCAGCUUUACUGUAAACUGUGUAAACGUCAAUUUACUUCUAAACAGAACUUGACAAAACACAUUGAGUUGCACACAGAUGGAAAUAACAUUUAUGUUAAAUUCUACAGGUGUCCUCUCUGCACUUAUGAAACACGUCGCAAACGUGAUGUGAUAAGGCAUAUAACUGUAGUUCAUAAAAAGUCAUCACGUUACCUUGGUAAAAUAACUGCAAGUUUAGAAAUCAGAGCAAUAAAAAAGCCUAUUGAUUUUGUUCUAAAUAAGGUGGCAAAAAGAGGCCCUCAGAGGGAUGAAGCAAGACAGAUUGGUUCAAAACAGGAUGUUGCCUGUAACUCACCGAGUAAAAAGUUUGAAGGAGCUGAUGUUGGCAUAGAAGUAAAAGUCACAAAAAACUUUUCUCUUCACAGAUGCAAUAAAUGUGGAAAGGCAUUUGCCAAAAAGACCUUUCUAGAACACCAUAAGAAAACUCACAAGGCAAAUGCAUCUCAUUCACCAGAAGAAAACAAAACCAAAGGCAGAAGUACAAGAUCAAAAGCUCUUGUCUGAUAAUUUCAAGUGAUGUACGGAAAGUUUGGAGUUCAUUUGAAUGGAAAGACUUUAAUUUGGUGUUAGAACCACUAAUAUCUUGAAAAUACUUUCAUACACUAUUGUUUGCUUACUAAAUUAAUAACUGUUCUCAUGGCUUGUUAUAUGACAGUGCCUCAUCCCAACGCUGUCAGGUAACUGUUGACUUGCAGUGCACAACAUGCAUCUAUAGACUAGCAGUUAACUACCCUUAUGUCUAUGCAGUUCAGCAAAGUUAUCAAUAGAAAGUGAACUUUUUGUAAUUUAAAAAUAAAAAAACCCUUUACAAAAAGCAUUUUGGGGAAGAAAACUUAUUUUCAUUUAGGAAAUCAACUUGAGAGGUCACCACAGAUACUGGCCUUAGUACUGCUAAUGCUGAUGAACCAAUUCUGUAACUUUUUAUGUGGUAUUCUACUUGGCUGGCAAACUUUUGCUUUAUGUACUGUUGUAAAUUUAUUACAGAUGAAUGUAUAAGAGCAAACACCAUAUUAGUGUGUAUUGGCUGAAUUGUUCUAAUUUUUAAUAAUUGUCAUAACUUCAGUUUGUUCAGUUUGACUAAUUUCCCAACUUUGGGGUGUACUGAAUUUCACUGUACUAAAGUUGCUGCAGAGAUAUUGCCAAUACUUUAUUUUUCCAUGAAUGGUUCACAGGACAACAUUUCAUUUGUAAACAUUUAGGAAGUUUACAGAAACACCCACAUUCCCUAUUUCAUAUUCUUUAAUUUUGUGUUUAAAUUUUAUACACAAGCACUUUAAUGAUAGUUGCAGUUAAUUUUUCAGUUAUUGUUUAAAAAAAACACACUAAUGUUAAUAUGAAGGUAGUGAAUAUUUUCUGAUGUUUUGUAGACACAGACAAUCCAUGCACAACCACUUCUUAUAAUGCUAGUUUUAUUUCUUUAAAUAUUAAUAAAAGGGAGGAUAGUGAGAGAAACUCAGAAUAUUUUUUUCUCACAAGAUCUUAAAUGACCACUUUAGGUAGCACUUGGCUUUACUGUAGGAUUUGCAAAAUGCUUACUGAUCCUUUUGUCUAUUUUAUUUUCAAGAUUUUAGCAAAACAGUAGCACACCUACCAUUAUGAAAAUCUUGGCAGGCUUCUGUGCAUCAAUGUUUUUUUACUUUUUAGAAGAUGUUUAGUGAUUUGUGUCAAAUUGCCACAAUUUGAAAGGUACUGUACAUCAGAAGAAAUACCAUGUUUUUAUAUAGGUUCGCUCUCUUGCUUAGGGCGGUGCCUUGUCAUAUAUACUUUUUGUAUUAAAAAAAAAAAUCUAAAAAUGUUGAUCACAAGGUCAUGAAUUAAAAAAAAAUGCUUUUAUGGAUAGAAAAAUGUUUGGCCCUUUUAGUGCUUUGCACUAAAAAAAUACACUGUGAAUGGGAACUGGACUGUAACUGUUGCUGGAAAUGUUCUAUAUUGAAUGUACAUGCUCUUGUUUGGAUAAAUGUACUGUAUUUGGAAAUAAAUCAGACUGGAAGUUACUUUAACAAA